CCUCCCUCCUUCUUCAAAGUCCUCCCCACAGAGAGCUGCUCCGCUGCAGCUGGGCUCUGGUGUGACAUCCCUGCCUGCCCCAGGGAGGAAUGACGAGCAAGGACUGUGCUUGCAGACCAGUGACACUCAGAAGCCACAAGCUUCUGUAAGUACCAGGUCUGCACAGGGACCCAAGUCAGAGCAAUGGCAUUGUCACUGGAAGAAUUCGUCCACUCCCUUGACCUCCGGACCCUCCCCAGGGUCCUGGAGAUCCAGUCAGGCAUCUAUUUUGAAGGUUCUAUUUAUGAAAUGUUUGGAAAUGAAUGCUGUUUGUCAACAGGAGAAGUGAUUAAAAUAACUGGCCUCAAAAUUAAGAAGAUCAUGGCUGAAAUUUGUGAGCAAAUUGAAGGGUGUACGUCUCCACAACCGUUUGAACUGCCUAUGAAUUUUCCAGGUCUUUUUAAGAUUGUGGCUGAUAAAACUCCAUACCUUACUAUGGAAGAAAUUACAAGGACCAUCCAUAUCGGGCCAAGUAGACUAGGGCAUCCUUGCUUCUAUCAUCAGGAGGAUAUAAAACAAGAGAAUCUUGUUGUAAAGCAAGGUGAAGAAAUCAUGCUCGACUCGGUGGAAGAGAUCAAUGGAGAAAUAAUGGUGAAUUGUGGAGUGGUAAGGAAUCAUCAGAAUCACUCAUUCACUUUGCCUUUGUCACAAAAAGGAGAAUUUUAUGAGUGUAAAGAUGAACAUAUUUACACCCUGAAAGAGAUCGUUGAAUGGAAGAUCCCCAAGAAUAGAACACGAACUGUGAAACUUACAGAUUUUUCAAAUAAGUGGGACCUAACAAAUCCAUUCCCUAAAGGCUUUGACGGUGCUCUGAUUCUCAAGCCUGUGUAUGAAAUUCAAGGUGUGAUGAAAUUUCGAAAAGAUAUAGUGCGCAUCCUCCCCAGUUUAGAUGUUGAAGUCAAAGACAUUACUGACAGUUAUGAUGCCAACUGGUUUCUUCAGCUGUUAUCGAUGCAAGAUCUUUUUGAGAUGACCAGUGAAGAAUUCCCCAUAGUGGCUGAAGUCAUAGAAGCACCUAAAGGAAACCAGCUGUCUGGAAGCAUAUUACAGCCUGGGAAAACCAUUAUGAUCCACAAAAAGUACCAGGCAUCAAGGAUCUUAGCUUCAGAAAUUCGAAGCAAUUUUCCUAAAAGACACUUCUUGAUCCCCACUAGUUAUAAAGGCAAAUUCAAGAGGAGACCUCGAGAGUUCCCAACCGUGUAUGACCUGGAGAUAGCAAAGAGUGAAAAGGAACCUCUCCACGUAGUGGCCACCAAAGCCUUUCAUCCCCCUGACUGUGAGCUGUCCUCCGUAUCUGUCGGGGACCAGUUUCUAGUGCAUCACUCACAGACGACUGAAGUGCUUUGUGAGGGGAUCAAAACAGUGGUGAACGUCCUGGUCUGUGAAAAAAUCCUCAGAAAAUCCUGUGAGGCAGCCGCGCUCCCUUUGUACAUGGAAGGAGGUUUCGUAGAGGUGAUUCAUGAUAAGAAACAGUACCAGAUUGCUGAGCUCUGUGCACAGUUCUGUUUGCCCUUCAAUGUGAAGGUAUCAGUGAGAGAUCUUUCCAUUGAUGAGGACAUUUUAGUUGCCACACCAGGACUGCAGUUGGAGGAAAUGAUCACAGACUCUUACCUACUCAUAAGCGACUUUGCCAACCCCAUGGAGUGUUGGGAAAUUCCUGUUGGCCGCUUGAAUAUGACUGUGCAGUUAGUUAGUAAUUUGUCUAGGAAUAUAGAAUCAUUUCUGGUCAGGACUCUGGUGGAAGAGAUCACUGAAGAACAAUAUUACAUGAUGCGGAGAUAUGAGAGCUCUAUCUUGCACCCUCCACCUCGCCCACCCAAACAUCCCUCUGUGGAAGAAACAAAGUUAACUCUGCCAACCUCAGCAGAAGAAAAGACAGUGGGUCAGCCUAAGUCUCCCAAGAGUCUCCAUGUAGACAUAUCCAAGAAACCACACUCAGAUCAAGCUGGCCUGGAUACAGAAAUACCAGCUGGCUGUCAAAAUGAGUUGGCUGUUCUGGAGAAAGAGGGAACCAAGAGCCGAGCAACUGGAGGAGCGGGCGCCCAUGUAACCACAGAAAUCUUCAAAAAUGACAAACAUCAAAAAUAACAAGAUGUGACUGAAGUCACUUGGGCAGUGAACAUAAAUGCUGCAAGGAAACAGUUAGCCUGGACUUCUAGCUGAAAACAACUAUUCCCCAGUGGACCCCAGAAGCAACUUGACUGGCCCUUGCAAAGGAGAAAACAACCUUAAAAGUUUUAACAGAUGAAACUUACACAGCAACUUAUGAUGUGGAAUUCACCUAGUCUAUUCUUGUGACAAAAUCUAUAUAGAUUAUUUUAUUGUUACUUUCAGACAUAUGUAUUUAAUGUGUACAUUUUGUUGGUGGUUCUUAUUUCCCCUACCAACAAUUAAACAAUUGAAAAUUAAUUUUAUAUUUUGGUGUCUAGAGUAAAAACUAUUGAAAUAGGAUGAAAGCUCACUGAACAGCUUCACUGUUUUACAGAAUUUGUUCUGCCAUUUUUUUCUAGUGUUAACAUCAUUCCUUUAAAAAAUAUCUUUAAAAGUAAUUAUGUCUGAGAGUGAUUUUAAAAUACCCAGGUUUCUUAUCUGAUUGCCUUGGGGCUGUGGAAAUGAGUUUGACUUCACAUUUUCCGUUUGUUUUAGAAGUAUACUGUAAAUAAGGGUGUUUGAGGCCUCUCAGCCAAAGCCAUCUUGAGUCAUAGGAAUUUUCCAUAACUGUCUCCUGCCCCCAGCAACCCAGAGUUCAUGACUAGAGUGUCACUAAAGAUCUGAUAAUAGCCCUUAUUGUUGCAUAUAGUGUAUACUAGAUAACCCUGUAGAUGAACGUUCAUCAGGAUUGCAGGAAGGCCAUUUCAUUGUAUUCCUAUGCAUUAGGUAUCCAGGGACAAUAUUUUUUUGCCUGUAACAAAAUGGUGAGGCAGACAGAUUGUCUUGUUAAAGUUAUUCAGGAGUUUAAUGCAGGUUUUGUACCUUGAUCAUAGGUCUUCCUCUGUACAAAACAAACUGUUAGUUAAUUUCCUAUCUCAUAGUUAUUUUGCAUUAUAUAUAGAUAUUAUCCAUUGGUUUAGUACCAAAGAGUUUCUGAAGACAGCAAAUCAUGAAACAACUUGUCAGCAGAAAAAAAAAAAAAAUGCAGUUAGAGAUCUUUCACACAGUGUUUAUAUUCUGAUUUAGCCUACUUCUCCUUAUCUUUUUUUCAAAUGGAAGUCAAUCCUGAUUUUAAUAAUACCUUAAAGAUUGUUUAGUGACUUGAUGUGAUAAUAUAGCUUGUUAUUUACAAAUUCUGAUGUUUUCUGAUAUAGUUUCAUUUUAAUUUAUUUUGCUUGUUUGUCCUAAGAACAAGAACUUUUCAAAGGUUGUGGUCCCACAUUUGAUUAUUCGACUCCACAGAGAGUCCUUUCCCAAUUCAACAACCUUGGCAAACUUAUAGAACUCACAGGCCAGUAUGUUAUUUUUCAAAGCAUCAUGAAUAAUAAGUAUUUUUAUUUGGUAUGUGAGAACAAUUACAUGUAUACUUUUAGUUGUUACAAUUCUUUGAUUAGAAAAGCAAGAGAAUUCAUGCCUUAGUUUGGUUGUGAAUCAUCAAGGGCUUUCCAGUAGAAAUCAUAUAUAACAUUUCUAACUAAGUCCUUUUAUGUACCGUGCUUCCAGCUCUCUUGAUAUUGAAAAUUAUAAUAAACUUCAUGUUCAUCUAUGAAGACUUUGGGAGGUUGAAAAUAAAUUUUCU